UGAAAGCCUGCUCUUCCAGAGGGGCUCCCGAUUCUCCUUGCCCGGUCCCCCACACAGAUCCGGAAUGGCCUUUCUACUUGCCUUCUUGAUCGGGAUACAGGUCCUGAGUUCGUUGGCUGAGCAUCCACCGCAACACCCAGGAGAGCCGAGCCCACUUUUACACCUUCUUUCCCCAUCAUGCAAUUCUUCUAAAGUAAAGACAAUUGCCGAGGUGGCUUUCGACAAAAUCAAUGCUGAUCGAACAGAGGGCUACAUCUUGAGUCUCCAGCGAAUCUUCGAUGUCCGUGAGCAUACACAGGUGCCCCAUGACUCCAUCUUCUUUCUCACUUUGGAUGUGGUAGAAACUGACAGCCAUGUCCUGAGCCAGAAAUCGUGGAAAGAUGCUGGAAUUAGACCAGCACAUGAGACGGUCUAUGGGGGGUGCAAAGUAACACUCGCGUAUAAUGAAAUUCUGGAACAAGUUACUCUGCUUCAUUACGACUGCAAUAUACGCCCAAUUUCUUCUGCAAGUGUUGUAAGAAGCUGCCCAGACUGCCCUAUACAGAGCGAUUCAACAGAGACCGAAUAUCAAGAGGCAGCUGCCGAGCUCCUUGCCAAGUUCAAUGCAGAAAGCAACCAGGAGCACUUAUUUGCCAUCCUCAAUGUCACCAGAGCAAGUUUCCAGUGGGUUGUUGGUCCUUCAAGAAGUGUGGAGUUUACCAUCCAUGAGACAUCCUGCAGCAAAAGCAAGUCUGGACCUGAUGUUUCCAAGUGCCCACUCCUCCCACCUGAAACUGCAACAAUAGGUCUAUGCAAAGGCUCUGUAGUAUACAGUCAAAUAGAACAUCGGAAGUUCACUCGUGUAAACUGUGAUUUCUUCCCCCGACAGGCAAGCAACACCCAUGAAGAGAAUCCACAGAGUGGAGCUGACUCUGAAGAGGGCCAUGGCCAUCAUCAAAGAGAGAAGGAACAGCACCAACAGCACCCCCGCCCUCCCCAUCCCCACCAUCCUGGCCCUCCCCAUCCCCACCACCAUCAUCAUAAUCACUCAGAUGGGCACCGAAACCUGCCACAUCACCGUGGAUCACUGGGUCGGGUGACCGUUCUGCCUCGUUCGAACUCUCACGUGUCCCUCCAUUCUUUACCUAAAAUUGGAGCAGAACAAUGGGAUGGGAGCCCUGUUCCCCCUCAGGAGCAAGGCCCAAAUAUCGACUCCACCCUUCCUGAAAUACACGGCAUUUCUGAGGGGGCCCUACCAGUGGGGCGACCAGACGUGAUCAUUCCAUUCCCCACGGGGUUUUCAGAAUCAGAUUCAUGCCCAGGGGAGACCAGGAUACAUAUCCAUGGCCUUGAGCUGCGCCAAAGGCCUGUCACAAAACCACCCCCGCAAACUUCCCAAGCAGAAUAACGGUGAGCACGAAAUCGGGUGGUCAACAUGAAGCGCAUCACUGCUGCCUGAGAGAAGCUUUUGCAGAAGAAAGGAUAGCCUAGUUCUCAGGGUCUCUUCCUUUAAAAAGGUAAUGUUCUCCCAUUGGGUCAUGGACUGGACUAUUCACACAUUCUCCCACUUAAUCAUGGAUUGCAUCCAUUCACAUACUCCCCCACUGGAUGGUGAAUUGUACCCAUUCACACAUUCUCCAAGUGGAUUUUGCAUUAUACACACAAGGGUACCAGAGGAAGCUCUGCAUUACAGAUGUAGAGUUUACAUUACAUUUCAUUAGUGAUUUGUGUCAAUGAAAGUGCUUUCCCAAAAUGAGAUCCCAAAUGCACUUUCCCUGUACCAUUUGGUUCAAAUUAGGUAAGAUGGGCAACUACAAUCACAAUGUGUGAGUCUUGCUGGUUUGCAUAUACAGUGUGAGGUUGAGUUGGGAAGGGAGUGUGUCUCCUUUCAAGUAAAACGGGCUGGGAGGGAAAUACUUAACGAAAAGAGCACAGGAGAGCAGACGAUGCCGCUGGCUGUAAAGACGGCCUCCCGGUCCCAUGCUUUAUAUCAGGACCAUGCAGGCAUCUGAACAAGCUGAUGUGACUGCCCCAGCACUUCCAGUCUUUGCGCUCCAAGCCCUGAUGGACUUGACUUGUAGCAAAGCAGCCUGAGGGGCAGAAAGCCUGCCAGUGUAGAACUACACCUGCACUAUGGUAUAAAACUCGGAAAGGGAGUAAAAAUGUGUGCUUCCCAUGUUUCAGUCAGGCCUAUUUCACUAACUCAAGAUGAAAUUUCCACCACCUCCCAACCUACAUGCCAGUCCCUGUCCAUCCAGCUGGGUUUUUCUAACUACAUGCCUCGUGGUCCUACUCAGGAAAACACAAACAGUGCAUCAGUUGCAUCCACGGAGAGAAUGUAAGGGCGUCUCCAUUGCGGAAGUGACCCCCCUGGCUGCCAAAUGCUCCCUGCUCCUUCCCCAAGUGGCAUCACGAGAGCAAAAGUGACCUUCUUUUCGCCCCCCUUCUUCUUCCCUUUGUUGCUCAAUUCAAGACCGCUUCCUUGCAAUAUGAGAAAAGCGCCCGUUUUCCUUGUAGCAGCAAAUUCUACAACAUAACCCAAUAAAUGGGCAAUGUGACUUAA